AGUUGCAAUUGUGUUGGAUUUGAUCUUUUUAGGGCUUUGGAUAUCAACGGCGACGUCUCCGAAUCUCUUUCUUCGUUUUCAUGACUCCGGAGCACGGCAAACCCUAAUUCUUCAUUGCAAUUCCUCUACUCCGAUCCGAUCCAAUCCAAUCUUCACAUUUUGCUCUUGGGAUGACUAGUGAUGAAGAUGGAGUUCUUGGCGAAGAACGCCUCUCUGGAUCGAUCCCUUAACCUCGACGAUGAGUGCUCAUGGGACGGCGAUGCUUCGCCCACCUCCUACUCAUCCUGCGAAGGCUCCGACUUCGACAAGUACUGCAGCGCUAACUCCGUCCUCGGCACUGCUAGCGUCUGCAGCUCUAUAGGACGCCGCGCUGAAUCCCUUCUCGAUCGCAGCAUCAGCCAUGCUGAGAGCUGCUCUCGGGCUUUGAGCGAGUACAAGUCGUCUCCGGGUGGUGGAUCGGCGCCGUGUGAAUGCUUUUCCGAUGAGAGUGGAUUGGUUCAACAUUCGGAUGAUGAAGAUGAUGGAGACAUCAGGGGAAAGAUGCCGGAUUUGUUUCCUUCUCCGGCUGGUAAUCGCCAAAUUGAUGGGUCUUUGGAAGAUGAGGAUGGUUUACUGGGUGGUUGGGGAACAGAUGAUGAAGAUGACGACCAUCAGCGUCAAAAGAAUGGGAUUUUCUUUCAAUCAUCCAGGGAAAUAAAUUCUCACAUUGGAAACCCUCUCCUUAUGACAUCCUCUGUUGCUUUUGGUGCCAGUGAUUGGGAUGAAUUUGAACUAGAAGAAACUAGAGAUGAUGAUCUUUUUGCACCGUCUUUGUAUCAUUAUGAGAGAAAUGAUGAGCAUCGAGGCCAUCUGAUCAUAGAAAGAAGCAGUUCAGUACCAGUUGUGGACCAUGCUAGUGCCCUUCAUCUUAAUGGACUGAAGCAGGAUGGAGACAUGAGGGAUAUAGUUCCUACUCAGAUUAUAGACAAUUUAGCCAUUUUUGGGUUGGAUGUAGAUGAAGACUCUGGAGAUCAAAUACUUGGCGAUAAUACUUCUGAGCAGUUGCAUUCUGAGACAAGCAUGAGACUUCAUGGUGAAGGAAUUGGAUCUCAAGACGGUACUAUGACAUCUGGCUUCCAGUUGAUGGGAAAAAAUGGGCAUGAGACUUGCUUGAAAAAGGUUGGAGGAAAGUCUGUUGAAGAAUGUCAGCAAGUGGACGAGGUCAAGAAAUCAAGUGUAAAUGAUACCUAUGAGGAGAUGGUUCUUGAGAUGGAAGAGAUCCUUUUGGAAUCUGGGAAACCCCCGGGACCUUGGGUUAGUUUAUCUAAGGAAAUUGGUGCGGCAAAGCAAUCUCAACAUUUUCGAGAUGGAAGCUCAACUGCGUCUACAUCAGGCACAGAUGAAGCUUUUUUGCUCUCCCGUGAAUCUUCAAAAAUUGAUUGGGUUGAAGUUGUUGGUGCCAAACAAAAACAGGGAGAUGUUUCUUUGGGAGAAAGACUAGUCGGAGUCAAGGAGUAUACAUCAUACCGAUUAAGAGUGUGGAGUGGCAAUGAUCAAUGGGAGAUAGAGCGGCGUUACCGUGAUUUCUUUGCUUUUUAUAAACAGUUGAAAAUUUUAUUUACAAAUAGUGGUCUUCCUCUCCCUUCUCCAUGGUCCAAUGUUGACAGAGAAUCCUUCAAGUUUUUUGGAAAUGCUUCCCCAAGCGUGAUUUCUGAGAGAAGUACUCUUAUUCAAGAUUGUUUACGCUCCAUUUUGCAUUGCAGACUUCCUAUUGAAGCUCCCAGGAUUUUUGCUCUUUUCCUCUCUCCAAAUGGAGCUGUUUCCAACUCUGUUGUACCAAACAAUUCCACACCUCAAUUUCUGCAGAAAACUGAAGAUGAAAAUGAGGAAGUUAAACAUCCUCCCGAGACCGCUCCAGAACUUGCUUCCCCGAUGGGCAAGACUAUAUCCCUCAUUGUUGAACUAAAGCCAAACAAGUCUAUCAGACAGUUGCUGGAAGCUCAACACUAUGCAUGUGCAGGAUGCCACAUGCACUUAAAUGCCAGGAAGACCCUUUUGCAAGAACUCGUACAGAAACUUAAAUGGCAUAAACCUCGGUUGUGUGAGUAUACUGGCCAAUUAUUUUGCGGUUCAUGCCACACAAACGAUGCUGCUGUUCUUCCAGCUAAAGUUUUGCAUCGGUGGGAUUUUUCAUUAUAUCCAGUUUCUCAGCUAGCCAAAGCAUAUCUGGAGUCAAUUUAUGACCAGCCUAUGCUCUGUGUAAGUGCAGUUAAUCCUGUUUUAUUUUCCAAAGUACCAGCUUUGCUUCAUGUCAUGAGUGUUAGGAAGAGAAUAGCUGCUAUGUUUCCAUAUCUUCGCUGCCCAUUCCGGGGUUCCAUUCAAAGAGGUCUUGGGUUUCGCAGACAUCUUCUUGAAAGCAAUGACUUUUUUGCUCUUCGAGACCUUGUCGAUCUCUCUAAGGGAGUAUUUGCAGCUCUCCCUGUUGUUGUAGAAACCAUUUCUAGUAAAAUCUUUGAGCACAUUACCCAGCAAUGUCUCGUGUGUUGUGAUGCUGGUGUCCCAUGCGCAGCUCGACAGUCUUGUGAUGACCCUUCAUCUUUCAUUUUCCCCUUUCAGCAGGAUGAUGAAGCUAUGAGGUGCCGUUUGUGUGGAUCCAUUUUUCACAAACCUUGCUUUAGGAAACUUGAUGGCUGUUCUUGUGGUAAGCCAUCGCGAGCAGGCAGUAGCGAGGAUUCUACUGGGCAGAUGAUACAUGUAAAUGACACAGAAUCCAAUGGGGUAUUGGAUCAUUUUGUUCGGCAAUCUGAUGCCUUGUCAGGAAUGUUAUCUAAUUUGCUUAAAGCAAGGCCGGCCAAGCGACUGCAAUCUAAAAGGAGCAGUCCUGUAAUUCUAAUGGGUUCUUUACCCAGUACUUCUCUCUAGUCGCUGUUGCAAAGUCUUCACAUCACAAGUUCAUUUGUUAGACAUAUGCUGCAUGAUUUAAACCAAUAAUGUUUAUGAUUUUUUUGCUGGUGUUGGGUGGGUUACAUUACUAUUAUGGUUGUUUUAUGAUGUAGGUCCUCUUCUCUAGUUGUGCCAUGUUGUAAUUGAAGAUGCGUAGCAUGUAUAUGAUAGUAUUUGUGUAGAUAACAUCAACUGUGAUAACUUUGGGCGAUUAUAAUGAAAUACAAAAUAGUUUGGUCU